AUGUCGGUUAGUGAGAGUUUGAAUAUUUUGACUGUCCAAUUCACGGGAAAUGCGCUGCUUCACGCUUCCGAUUGGAUCGGCGUCUUUGUCAACUUCACUGCGCAAUACGGUGAGGGUAUUGCCUGUACCGCACCAGAGGGAUUUGCGGAUGUUUUGACUUACUAUCCCAGCCAACGGGUGGAUUUGCAAAAUGCUCUCGAGGAAUUCUCAGUCGCUGCAAAUCUGCCACUCAUGUGGGUUGACCAGUACGGAAAGGAAAGCGGUGCUUCUCCAUACAAUGAGCAAAUGAGUGUGUGGGAUAUCAACGGUAACAUCAAAAGCACUUGUGCCAAUUUGAAUGCGACGUGCUAUCUUCAGGAGUACUGCGGACCCAAUGCCUUUGGCUCCGGAUCUGCGGACGGAUCCGCUGUCAGUUCUGCUCCAGCUAACUCUGCACCAGCCAGUUCUGCUCUAGUCAGUUCGGCACCAGUCAGUUCGGCACCAGUCAGUUCGGCACCAGCCAGCUCUGUACCAGCCAGCUCUGCUCCAGUCAGUUCGGCACCAGUCAGUUCGGCACCAGCCAGCUCUGCACCAGCCAGCUCUGCACCAGCCAGCUCUGCUCCAGUCAGCUCUGCUCCAGUCAGUUCGACACCAGUCAGUUUUGGAUCAGGAUCCAAUGCUGCGUCCGCCUCUGCCUCUUCCUCUGCCUCUGGCUCUGGCUCUGCACCAGCGAGCUCUUCACCAGCAGGCUCCCUUUCCGGUUCAAACCCCGCUGGAAUAGCCAAUUCUUCCCCAGUGGCAUCCUCUUCAGCUGCUGUAAAGGUGAACCCUUCAGUAAUAGCUGCUCAAGCCAGUUCAGCCCGUUCCGCAUGGGCCGGAUACAAGGCUAAUGGAACUGAUACCACAGUGGUGAAACACCAUCCUUCUACCACUGUUAUGACCAUUACAUCUUGCUCGGACAACAAGUGUACCGAAACUCCUGUCACCACUGGUGUGACAACAGUUACGGGUAUUUCUACCACCUACACUACAUUUUGUCCUUUGACUGAGCAACAUGCCGUCUCCAAUACGAACUCCGAGAUAGCGCCUUUCUUGGCUCCGUACUCAACCUGGUUAGCACCAGGAGGAUCUAACAGUGGGUCUAGUGCUGCAUCCACUGUGUCACCAUCCAAGCAAACCAUCACUUCUACUGAGGCUGCUGUCGUUUGUUCAGCUUCCACAAGCAAGUCCACCGGUUCUGGAACGUCUUUGCCCAGUCAAUAUUCUUCUUCGCAGACUAGUUCCACGACGUCUUUGAGUGUCUUUACCGAUAACAAUGGUGUAGAAGUUAUGGUUUCCAAAGGAUUCGUCUUGGCUGCAGCUGCUCUUUUAUUGUUGUGA